AGAUGAAAUGUUCAGACUCGGUGCGUCUGGUCUCGGGGCCCAGUCUGUGCUCAGGAUCAGUGCAGAUCUGGGACCAGUCCUGGACCUGGGUCUGUGAAGGGGCCUUGGACCAGCAGGGGGCAGAGGUGCUGUGCAGGGAGCUGGGCUGUGGGGCUCCUUCUCUCCUCCAGGGGGCGCUCUCUCCUCUGAAGCAGAAGUUCCAGUGUGAGGGCCAUGAGUCUGCUCUGAUGGACUGUCCCCGCUCCGGCUCAGAGACCUGCUCCUCUGGAGCCGCUGUCAACCUCACCUGCUCAGAGCCGCUCAGGCUGGUGGGAGGGGCCAGUCGCUGUGCUGGGACUGUGGAGGUGAGACACAGAGGAGAGUGGAGACGGGUGGUGUCCUAUGGACCCUGGUCCCUGGAGGACAUAGCUGCUGUGUGCAGAGACCUGGACUGUGGCUCUGCUGUUUUUGGAAAAAUGAGAAAGGAUUUUCCACAGAGUCCAGUGUGGAGGGUCAAUUCUGACUGUGUGAAGAAGAAGAAGACGUCUGCAGUGAAAGAAUGUGUCGUUGGUUCAUCCUCUUCCUCUUCCUCGGGUCUGGAUUUUAAUUGUUCAGAUCCUCCCUCUCCUCCUCCCUCCUCUCCCUCUGUGUGGAUGCUGUGGCUAGUGCGCCCUCUGCUGGUGUCCAGUCCGUACGCCGUGUGCACUGUGCUGCUGGUGCUGAUCUACAGGGGGCAGCGUCGCACAGGAAGUGCACAUGUCGUUUCCAUGGAGACGGGCCAGCAGGAGGAGGAGUAUGAUGACAUCGCCGCUGAGGAGGAGGAGUAUGAUGACAUCGCCGCUGAGGAGGAGGAGUAUGAUGACAUCGCCGCUGAGGAGGAGGAGUAUGAUGACAUCGCCGCUGAGGUCACCACCGAGCACAGCUUCUGAGCCAAUCACAGCUCUGCUUUCAUCUUUAA